UUAUAAUGACAUUGUAUAGCUUAAGUAGUAGGUGUAUAAACAAAAAAAAAACUUGCAGAAAUCCAUCAAAUGAAUGUAUAAUGGAAAGAAAGAAACUUUGUUUAGGAAAACCAUCUUAUUUAGAUAGAUCUUUAAACACAUGGAAACCAUUCGGCAUGGAUAAUGAUUUAUGUUCUCUCUACCUUUUGGAUUCAACAAGACUUUCUAUAAUGAAUGUCCAGGAAACAUAUCAGAUUCGUGUAAUUUGUUUCGAGGAUUUUUUGCAUUUUAAAAAACAAGCAGACCAAAGGUUUGUGUUUCAGACUAAUUCUGGAUUCUAUGGGUUACAAGUUUUCAAUGAAAAAGAUGAAAGUGAUAUUGAAAAUUUGUUUAAAAGCAUUAGUUCCUUUCUUGGAAUACAAAAGGAAACAAUGUCCUCAGUUAUGCCACCAAUGAACAAUCAAAAUAUAUCUAUGAUUAAUUCUCCUAACAAAAGCAGUUUCAUUGAUCAAGAAAAAAAAACAUUUGAUAUUAUACCACCUGACAACGACACGAUUUGUGACAAAAUGCGAACUGCUAUUGAGUGUGGAAAUAUAGAGGAGGCUAAAGAACUUGUUGCAAAGUUAGCAGAGAAAGGACUAAAACUGAUUUUACAUGUCCUAGAGUAUUCAGACAUUAAUAUUUCUAUUCCUGUAAAAAUUGAAGGCCGUGAUGGAAAGUCAAUAACUGUAACUUUGCUUGUAAACCCCAAUGAAACAAUUAGAAUGCUUAAGUUUAAGAUGUUUAAAGAAUACCAUCUUCCUAUUUCUUGCCAACAAUGGAUUAUUCAAAAGAGAGUUGCACAAGAUAAUGAAUUGCUGUGUAGUUAUGGAAUCUUGGAGCCUGGAACAGAAGCUUUUUUAUAUUUGUCACCAGUAGAAGAAGAUAGCAAUCAAAAUGAUAAAUCAAUUCAAACAGAUAUAAAUAAUAAUUUUGAAAAUAAUAUGAAUAAAGACUUGCAAAAUGAUUGUGUCAUAGUAGGAUGGGAAUGUCCUCAGUGCACAUAUCUUAAUACUCCAACAUAUCCUGGGUGUAUGAUUUGUUCAGCUGAUCGUCCUGAAAAUUAUGUUGUUCCUGAAAACUUUGUGUUGCAUCCUGAUGAAGCCCAUAGAUUAAUGAAUGAAUGUUUAGCUGAACAACUCACUCUGCAGUCAGAAGAAGUACGUAAAAAUGAUGAAAUUUUACAAGCUACAAAUAAUUACCAAGUAAUGUGGAAUUUAAUGCAACUAAAGUUAUUACGAAAUGAAAAUAUGUUUGAAUGUCCAAUUUGUUUCAAUGAUGUUGAGCAAGGGAAUGGGGUUGUACUUCGAGAAUGUCUUCAUGAAUUUUGCGAAGCUUGUUUAGCAGAUACAAUAAAUACAAGUGAUAGUCCUGAAGUAGCUUGUCCAUACAAUGACAAAUAUGCAUGUCCUGCAAUCAUUACACAUCAAGAAAUUAUUGAGAUUUUGCUUCCAGUUGAUUAUGAUAAGUACUUACAACGCAGUCUUAGAGUAGCAGAAAAUUCAAAUUCAAAUAGUUUCCACUGUCGAAAACCAAAUUGUCUGGGUUGGUGCUUUUAUGAAGAUGAAGUGAACUUCUUUGAUUGUCCAAUAUGUGAAAGUAAAAACUGUCUUACUUGUCGAGCCAUUCAUCUUGACAAAACAUGCAAAGAGUACCAGGAUGAGUUAAAAAUAAAAGCUCAAAAUGAUGAAAAUGCAAAAAAAACACAAGAAAUGUUUGAUGAAAUGAUCAAACGUGGCGAUGCAAUGUUGUGUCCCUCUUGUUUAGUAAUGGUGCAAAAAAAAAGUGGCUGUGAUUGGUUGAGAUGUACAAUGUGUAAGACAGAGAUCUGUUGGGCAACCAAGGGGCCCAGAUGGGGUCCUAAGGGUAAAGGUGAUACAAGUGGCGGUUGUAAAUGUAGAGCAAACGGCAACGUGCCAUGCACCCCUACGUGUGCUAAUUGCCAUUAAUCUACCUUUUUACUUUUAUUUAUUUGGCAACAUAGUACAUUAUUUUUCUAAUAAAUAAAAUUGUAAAUAUUUUUAACA